CUUUUGGCUUCUCAAGAGCUGCUGUUUCAUCAACUGUUUCUACUUCACAGUUUCACUCUAUUAUCAUACCACAUUCUGGGAAUUUGCUGCUCCAGAAAGAGCCGUUUGUUGGGCUCUUCAUUUGUAAGGAGCUAGUAGUCGAAAGAUCUGAAAGCUGCUUCGAGAAUGGGGCUUUUGGAUUUGCUUUGCGCUGCUUCAAUGCCUGUUCUGAAGAUACUCUUGAUGACUGCUCUUGGCUCCUUCCUUGCUCUAGAUGGGGUAGAUAUACUGGGAGAGAGUGCAAGGAAGCACUUGAAUGCCGUUGUGUUUUUCGUGUUCAAUCCUGCACUAGUGGGUAGCAACCUAGCUAGGACAUUUACUCUUGAAAGCUUGUCCCUGUUGUGGUAUAUGCCCCUCAAUGUUCUUAUCACAUUUGCUAUCGGCUCAGUGCUGGGUUGGGUACUCAUAAAAAUCACAAAAGUGGCACAACACCUUAAGGGCCUUGUAUUAGGUUCUUGUGCAGCAGGAAAUCUGGGAAACAUGCCUCUGAUUAUCAUCCCCGCUAUAUGUAGAGAGAAAGCUAGUCCAUUUGGAGCAGCUGAUAUAUGCCAGACAUACGGACUGGCUUAUGCUUCACUCUCUAUGGCGAUAGGAGCAGUUUGUUUGUGGUCUUACGUUUACAACAUUGUCCGACUGUCCUCAAGUAAUAUCAGAAAAGAAGUCUACAAGAACGACUGCACUGACAAUACAAAGUCUGACAACUGUGAAGAACCGCUUCUACCUUCAGAAGGCUGCUCCUCUGAGGACUAUGGAUGUCAAUUCUCGCCUAAAGGAAUAUCUGAUGGAAAUAGGAAGGUGAAGUUCUUAGAUAACAUUAAGCAGCACUUCAAGAUAUUUCAGACAAAGAUCAAUCUGAAGGCAUUGUUGACACCUUCAACAACCGGAGCGAUUGUUGGCUUUCUUAUUGGAGUAGUGCCACAGCUGAGGAAUUCAAUGAUUGGUAAUGCUGCUCCACUUCGUGUGAUCCAAGACUCUGCUACCAUGCUGGGGCAUUCAGCAAUCCCAACAGUGACCUUGAUACUGGGAGGAAACCUCCUUAAAGGGUUGAAAGGAUCAGGAAUUCCGCCCUCUCUCAUUAUUGGAAUCAUCAUGGUACGGUACAUUCUCCUGCCACUGCUAGGGAUCAUCAUCGUAAAAGGGGCAAUCCAUUUUGGCCUAGUGCACUCUGAUCCGCUUUAUCAGUUUGUUCUUCUACUACAGUUUGCACUCCCACCAGCCAUGAACAUAGGCACAAUGACACAAAUGUUUGGAGCUGGGGAGAGUGAAUGUUCUGUCAUUUUUCUGUGGACAUAUGCAUUGUCAUCGGUUUCACUGACUCUCUGGUCCACAUUCUUCAUGUGGCUUGUAGCUUGACUCUUCUCAAUUUACAAUUUAUGCCCUGUUUUACAUCAUUUUGAGGCUACUUACUAGGGAAGCUUGCGUUGCGAGACAAAUCAUCUUGUGUGGAGAUAGAUUUGCAGAAGCCAGGUCCAACAAGGAAGAAAGAUCUCCCCAUUUUUUUCUGAGUUCUUAUUGUUUCACAUGAUGAACUCAAGAAUUUAGUUGCUUAGUUGAUUGAAGUCGUUUAGAAUUUAUUUCUAUCAUUUAGAGAAGCUAGUUUAGUAAAUCAAAGCUUCACUUUGGUCGACCAAAUUCUAUCAAUAAUAGAA